AUGGAUGACUUAUUUGACGUCUUUGACGAGGCACCACAAGCUGUGCCAAAAAUUGAGGAGAUUCAAGAGAAUGAGAAUAAACGUAGUGAACGAAAGAGACCUCAAAAGGUAGUGGAAAAGAAGGAACUGGAGAAUGAGAGCGAACAAGAAGAACAAGAGGAUGAUACAAUGCCAAAGGCAAAGAAAGCCAAGAAGCAACCUGAAAUCAAACCCGUUGUUUAUGAUGACUUGGAAAUUGAAGCUUCACGCGAGGUGAGUGCUUCCGGAGGAUUACAGCAGACAGAAGAGCCAAAUGCUAAACUCAAAUUGAAGCAUCAGGUUAGGCACCAAGUCGCCGUACCACCAGACUACCCAUACAUUCCAAUCAGUGAGCACAAGAGGAAACACGAAGCCAAAACAUACCCAUUUACCUUGGAUCCGUUCCAAGAUACGGCAAUCUCAUGUAUUGAUAGAAGUGAGAGUGUGUUGGUAUCUGCACAUACAUCUGCAGGUAAGACUGUUGUUGCAGAGUAUGCUAUUGCACAAUCACUAAGAGAAAAGCAAAGGGUCAUCUAUACGUCUCCUAUAAAGGCAUUAUCGAAUCAAAAGUAUAGAGAACUUCAAGCAGAGUUUGGAGAUGUUGGGUUAAUGACCGGUGAUGUCACCAUCAACCCCGACGCAGGAUGUCUUGUGAUGACCACUGAGAUUUUACGAAGCAUGCUUUAUAGGGGUUCGGAAGUAAUGAGAGAAGUUGCAUGGGUUAUAUUCGAUGAGGUGCAUUAUAUGAGAGACAAGUCUAGAGGUGUUGUUUGGGAAGAGACUAUGAUCUUAUUACCUGAUAAGGUUCACUAUGUCUUUCUUUCAGCUACGAUCCCCAAUGCGAUGGAGUUUGCAGAGUGGAUUGUUAAGAUUCACAACCAGCCAUGUCACGUUGUUUACACCGAUUUUAGACCUACUCCUUUGCAACACUAUUUGUUUCCAUCAGGUGGUGAUGGAAUCCAUUUGGUGGUGGAUGAAAAGGGAACAUUUAGAGAAGAAAAUUUCCAAAAGGCAAUGACCACCAUUGGUGACAGUCAAGGAGAUGAUCCUGCCUCAACUCAAAGUCGAGGCAAAAAGGGACAAACUUUUAAGGGUAAAAAAGAUGGCAAGACCGAUUUGUAUAAGAUUGUUAAAAUGAUUUACCAAAAGAAGUAUAAUCCAGUUAUUGUGUUUUCAUUCUCCAAAAGAGAUUGUGAAUCUUAUGCAUUGAAAAUGUCCAAGUUGGAUUUCAAUAAUGACGAAGAGCGUGCUGCAUUGACAAAGAUUUACGAGAACGCCAUAAGCAUUCUUUCUGAGUCUGAUAGAGAGCUUCCUCAGAUCAAAAAUAUUCUUCCAUUGUUGAAACGAGGCAUUGGUAUUCACCACUCUGGAUUGCUUCCAAUCCUUAAGGAAGUCAUUGAGAUUCUUUUCCAAGAAGGUCUUUUGAAAGUGCUUUUUGCUACCGAAACCUUUUCCAUUGGUCUUAAUAUGCCAGCAAAAACAGUUGUUUUCACUUCAGUUAGAAAGUGGGAUGGAACAGCAUUCAGAUGGGUUUCUGGAGGUGAAUAUAUUCAAAUGUCUGGUCGUGCUGGAAGAAGAGGUUUAGAUGAUAGAGGUAUUGUGAUUAUGAUGAUUGACGAGAAGAUGGAACCGCAAGUGGCUAAAGGAAUGGUUAAGGGCCAAGCUGAUAGGUUGGACUCUGCGUUCCAUCUAGGUUACAAUAUGAUAUUGAAUCUUUUGAGGGUUGAGGGUAUAUCUCCAGAAUUUAUGAUGCAAAACUCUUUUCUCCAGUUUCAAAAAUCAGCGAAAGUUCCCGAAUUGGAGAAGAAAAAAGCCGCUUUGGAAGCAGAAGCAAGUGGUAUUCAAGUAGACGAUGAGCCAAAAAUGAAACAAUACUAUGAAUUGCAGCGACAAAUCGCAAAUUAUGAGGAGGAGAUUAGAAAGAUUGUUACCGAACCCGAAAACUUGCUUCCAUAUCUCCAAGAUGGUAGACUCUUGAAAAUUGAUAAUGAAUGGUGUUGCGUUAAAUCGUACAAAGGUUCAUUAAAAGUUGCAAUGGCCGAUUCAAGCGAGAAAAUAGUCCUGCUUCCAUUUAUUCAAGCGGUUAGUAGUGUUAGAGUUAAAAAUGCAAACGCCAUCAAGGCAGUGGUGCAAAAAUUAGGUGAGGUGCCGUUGUUAAUCAAGGAUGAAAAGGCAUUGGAAAUACAAAAGAAGGUUGAGUUUUUGUCAAGCAAGUUAGAUAAACUGGUAUUGGAAUCACCAAAUUACCUUGCAUACUAUAAGAAAAGAGAGCUUUUGUUGCAAAGUGAAAAAGUUGGUGCCGAAUUACAACAGCUGACCUUUCAGUACACAGAAGAAUUAAGGUCCCGAAUGUCUGUUUUGCGCAGGCUUGGUUUAGUCGACGAUGCUGUUGUUGGUCUCAAAGGAAGAUGUGCCCUUGAGAUUAGUAGUGGUAACGAGUUGCUUCUUACGGAAUUGAUCUUUGAUGGUUUCUUUAAAGAUUUAAACCCCAUUCAGGUUUGUGCACUUCUUAGUCCCUUUGUAUUUGAUGAAAAAUCUAAAGAGCUUCCUAGACUAAAUGGAGUUUUAAAAGACAAGUUUGGCAAGAUUGAAACUGCUGCUGAAUCCUUUGCUCAGAUUCAAAAAAAUGUCACAGAUGUCAAAGAAGUCUUAUCACCAGCCUUGAUUGAGGUUACAUACAAUUGGGCGAAUGGAAGUAGUUUCGCUCAGUUGUGUAAAUUGACGCCUAUUUUUGAAGGAUCUUUGAUCAGAGCGUUUAGAAGAUUAGAGGAGUUGAUUCGUCAAUUGGUUCAAUCAGCUAAAGUCAUUGGUGAUUCCGAAUUAGAGGAGAAAUUUGAAGAGCUGCGUAAAUUGAUCAGUAGAGAUAUUGUCUCAGCUGGUUCCUUGUAUUUGUAA